AUGCAUCGUCAGCACCCGAAUCUCCACCAUUCAGUACAGCCACAACACCAGGGCCCGCCUCCGAUGGGACGACAGGGCGUCGUCGCAGCCGACGAGGACGAGGAGGAGGAUGUCGAUGUCGACGUCAAGGUCAGCGUCGGCGACAGUGCUGCGAACAACGGCGCCAAGGAGGCCAAGGGCGGCGCGAGUGAAUUCGUUAAAAAAUUGUACAGGUGCGUACCAAGUGGAGGGAGGGGAGGGGAUGAACUCGCUUUGGCGUCGUGUAGGGUCCUAGGGGUCGUGGGGGACAUCGGGGCGGCGGGCUGCGCGAUCCGUCCCUCCCCACUUACGAGGAGGCUCGAUUGAAGCCGCUUCCCAGGAGUGGGAUGGCCAGGUCCUGCUUGUGGUUAAUCGUCGUCAUGCUUGCAAAGAUGCUUUACGGUGGUUACUACGGGGGCGGUACCGAUGGCCUUCGCCCAAGCUGUGCGGAGAAGGCUGACCCGCCUCCUCCUCCUUUGCCCCUUUGCUCGACCACAGAAUGUUGGAGGAUCCUUCCUUUUCAGACAUCGUUGCGUGGGGCUACGCUGGGGACUCGUUCAUUGUCAAGGUAGGUCGUUGCCGUCGGUCUCUGGGUGCGCGAGCGCUAAAACCCGCCGCUGGGCUUUGCCCGCACAGGAUAUGCACAAAUUUACGAACGACAUACUGCCGAUGCACUUUAAACAUUCAAACUUUGCAAGCUUCGUUCGCCAGUUGAACAAGUACCAAUACCGUAAAGUACCGAGAAACAACGAAGAUGGGCAGCACGGAGAACACGUGAGUCCGAAUUCUCCGAGGGGCGCGAGGAAACCGCUCACUGGGCUGUGCCCAUUGUUCUCAACAGACUUGGGAAUUUAAGCAUCCCGACUUCAGAGCUGGCAUGAAGGAUUAUUUGGAUUUCAUCAAGGUUAGUUUGCUGCUUGCGCGCUCAGCGCGAUUUCCGAGGACUGAUCGAGAUAACCCUUUACGCCCCCCCCCCACUGCACAGCGCAAAGCCCCAGCCGUGCGCAGAGGCGCAGGAGCUGCUGUUGCAUCUACAUCGGAAGGUGUCUCGCCCGCUCCUGAAGCGGGUCAUACUGGCUCCGUGGGAGACCUGAAUGCGAUCCACCAUCAACUGGACCAGCUUCAUCGCUCGCAUUCCAACAUGCAACAGCACAUGAACAACCUCUCACAGGACUACCAGGCCGUGAUCGGAGAGAUGAUGAACUUUCAGCGCAAUAUGGUCGCCCAAGAUCAAUUGAUGCAGAACCUUAUCCAGUACCUGAUUAACCUCGAGGCCGGUGCGUCGCGAUGCACCCCUAUCGUGUGCAUGUUUUUUGGCGCCUGAGCCGGAAGCUGACGUCGCUAGCUACUUCGGUACACAGACCAAAGCGCCGCCGCCAACAGUGGUCAGGAUCGUAGCGUCCCCUUCACUCCUUCGACGCAGGCCAAGAAGCUCAUUUUGUCCUACACCGAAGUCGCGCGCGCGUCGUACGACCAAAUGGCCGACUUGUCGCGACGCGCUUCGCUCUCCGGGAGUAACUUUCCGCCGAUCCCGCCGCCCCCGCCCGAGUUUGGUCAGUUGGACGUCCCGGGCUCGACGGGACUGAGGCGAGGUGAUGGGUCCGGGGAUGCGAGGGAUGCGAGGAACCUGCAGGGGAUCAGCCACGCUCAAUCGCGACCGAGUCCCCAGGGGCAGCAACCACAGUCCUCGGGCCAGUCGAAGGCCCAACAGCCCGAUACCACCGGCAAGCAGUCGAACGUACCCGCAUCGUCGUCCGAUGCCCAGACGGCGCGCAAGCUCGCCUAUGUGCCCGGAUGGGCCGUCCCACCGCGCGUGUUGCUCGUCGAGGAUGAUGCGGUGUGCCGCAAGCUGUCGAGCAAGUUCUUGGAGGUGUUUGGGUGCCAGAUCGACGUCGCCGUCGACGGCGUCAGUGCGGUCAACAAGGUGCGUGGGUUCAGGCGUUCUUCUUCGAUGCGCACAAACUCAUCGAGGGAGUUUGAAUUGCUUUGCAGAUGAACAUGCAGAAAUACGAUCUCGUCCUCAUGGACAUUGUAAUGCCCAAUCUCGAUGGUGAGUUAGAGAGGCGUUUCGAGCGACUAUAUCUGUUACUCACCCGUUGUAAUCUCGGAAUGGCAGGUGUUUCCGCGACAUCCUUGAUUCGACAGUUCGAUCCAAUGACCCCAAUCAUCUCGAUGACGUCCAACUCGGGCCCAAACGACAUCAUGACGUACUUCUCGCACGGCAUGAACGAUAUCCUCCCCAAGCCCUUCACCAAAGAAGGUCUGCUCGGUAUGCUCGAGAAGCACUUGAUCCACCUCAAGGUGAUUCAACAGAUGGCCGAGAUCCCCCGUGCCCUCGGCUUCACCGAUAACCAGAUCCAGGACGCUCUUGCCGGUGCGGUCUCGGACGAAGGCACGAUCAACAACCCGUUCUCAUCGAUGGGCAUCUCGGACCACGACUACGUCGAGAUGCUGCAAGGGAUCGCGAUGGAGAAGGAAGGCAAGAGAGGUUUGGAGGUCGUGCAGGGCGAUGAGCGGGAGGGCAAGCGCGCGAGGUUUCAAGAGGUGUCCAUGGGACAGCAGAUGGCGUAA